AUGAGCAGGAAAGGAAGAAAUACGCUUGCCGAUUCCUGGACAUCGACACCUACAUUCAAGGAGUUCUGCGAAAAAGUCUACAAACUAUACCCCGGAUCGGAGGAAGAGCACAAAUGGUCGGUAUUAGAUAUGGACAAGCUAGUCGGCAAAAUGAGCAGGGUCAGCAUCUUGUCUCUCAGCGAACUAGAUGACCCGUACAACCUCCAGGACAUCCACGACGCAGCCCAAUUUGUCUUGCACGGCACCACAUCCGCAUACAGCACUAUGUCUACUGACAUCUCUCGAGCAGCCCCCGCCGCACCGCCCACUAACGCAAUCAAGGCCGAAGACCUGGCAACCAUGUUCGAAUGGCUCACCGACACCUUCAUCAAGGCCAUUGCCACUCAAAGGACGUCCAGGCCAGCCGAUCGACCAUCCCGACAACCAGGACAAGGCGGCAACAACUGCAUGUUCUGCGGCAGUCCCGAACACUUCAUGCACGCCUGUCCUGAGGUCACCGAAUACAUUCAGAUUGUCAAAUGCAAGCGGAAUAUCGAGGGGAAGGUGGAAUCCAGGACAGUUGGCGACUGGACAGAUGAUGUUUACGGUAAACGUGGCGCCAACUCACCCGAUGACGAUAGCCUCCCGUCACAAUUCACCCUCAUUGCUGGAUGUCACCCCGACUUACCAACUCACCGACGUCCAGUGAAUCACAAGCCUCAAACGCAAACUAUUCACACUCCAAACAUGGGGCGUGAAGGCAUGCAAAAUGGUACAGACAGGACGUUCGGCGCCUACCCCAUCACCGGCUCCUGA